CAAAAACUGAAAAAUUACUCUUGCAACCUUCGCGAUCUUCGACAACUCCAUCACCAGGUCGACUAAUAACAGCAGCCAUGGCUUCCGAGAAGGCAAACAACCCCAUGCGGGAGCUGAAGAUUCAGAAGCUCGUUCUGAACAUCUCCGUCGGAGAGUCUGGUGACAGACUUACCCGUGCCGCCAAGGUGCUGGAGCAGCUUUCUGGUCAGACCCCCGUCUACAGCAAGGCUCGCUACACCGUCCGAACCUUCGGUAUCCGACGUAACGAAAAGAUUGCUGUCCACGUUACCGUCCGAGGCCCCAAGGCCGAGGAGAUUCUUGAGCGUGGUCUCAAGGUCAAGGAGUACGAGCUCCGCAAGCGCAACUUCUCCGAGACUGGCAACUUCGGCUUCGGUAUCAGCGAGCACAUCGAUCUCGGUAUCAAGUACGACCCCUCUAUCGGUAUCUACGGCAUGGACUUCUACUGCUGCAUGACCCGACCUGGUGAGCGCGUCACCCGCCGCCGCCGAACCAAGUCCCGCAUCGGUGCCAGCCACCGCAUCAAGCGCGAGGAGACCGUCAAGUGGUUCAAGUCUCGCUUCGACGGCAUUGUCCGAUAAACGGUUGAAAAAAAUGGUUGUUUGAAUUUACGGAUGGUCACGGCGAACAUUAAGGGGAAAACUCACAUGGGACAUGUAUUUUCUGUUGCCUUUGCUGCAUCAGCUUGACUUGAAAUUUUCAGUCAAGCCACGGCCUGAGAGACCGACCGGCGCUCUGCCGGCUUUCCGAUAUUCACUAUGAAUGUGACAUUGCCAUCAAUCGUCAGAUCACUGGUACUUUGUCUACUUGGCCUCUCGUCUGUUUACGUCUACGCGAGACGUUAUAAACAUGUCCUUCGGGGACUUUGGUGCAUCACUUGUAUCCUUGAUGAUUUCUCCUCUUUGGAGUAAUGUCAAUGCUCCUGACCAAUGUGUGACUGUUAU